AAAAUAAAUCAUGUGCAAUAAAAUCAAUUAGAAGUGUCUUAGGGAAUACUGAGGUAUUGAUUUGAAGUGGUGGGAGUUGAGGGUAUUCACGGUUCUCUCUGUACCUCCAAGAGAACUUACUACAUACUAUAUGUAUUCACCAGGAUGCCACUGCUGCCUCCAGAUCUCGAAUCAACAUGCCUCAACCCAACCAUCCCAGAAGAGAACCGACAGUCAGCACGGUCAGAAAAUGCCCUCGCCAGAAACCCCCUCGCUCUGGUCCGCGUGUCCGUCAAAGAAACGAAUUGAUGCUGACGGUCACGUUGGCGCUCAUUCGCCCGGACGCGGAGACGCCAAACGACAAGCGAGAAACAAGACGCUCCGACGAAGACACUGCAACCAGACUCAGAUCCGCCGAAUUUCUCACGUUGCCCUCUCUCGCAGGUCUCCAACUCUCCUGCCCAGCCCGGCGGUGAUCCCCCCUCAUUUAAGCGUGUCGGACGGCCUUGUCCCACGGCUCCUGACUGGAUUCCUCCGCGUUUCUCCAUCUCUUCGUCCUUGCAACCGUCUGCUCUCAACCUCACAGCUCCCCCCCUUCCUCUCUGUCAAGCUUCCCUCCUGCUGAAAUUCACUCUCCUUCUCACUUCCGGAUCUCUCAUUGAUCGCCUUCGAUCUGUCUCUGGGGAGCCCAUUGAGCUCCCGUGCUCACAAUGAAGGCGACCCCGUUGCUCAUCUCGUGGCACAACGACAACGCUCCCAUCUAUUCGGUCCAUUUUGACCCUCAUGGCAAAGGACGCCUAGCAACGGCUGGAAAGUACGUU